AUGGAGCAGCAAUUCCACCAACAAACAGCAGCACCUCCUCUGUGUAUCAUCCACGAUAUGUUCAUGGGCUGGGCUGCAGACACAGCCCAAAAAUAUAACACUGCCAGUAUUCUGUUCAAUACCUGCGGGGCCUUUGCAAUAAGUCUGAUGCAUUCCAUGUCGUGUUCGAUAUUGCAGAACGCAUUGGAGAAAGAAGAGGAGGACAGUGUAAUGGUUAGCUUCGAUCUUCCGCGUCCUCUCAGAUUGUUUAAACAUGAAGUGUCCCCCGGUUACUUCAAUCCAGACCUUACAGACAUCAUCCAGCAUUUCAUUUUUCACCGUAUGCAGGAAAUUGGCAAAGGAUCAGGAUUACUAAUUGAUACGUUCCACGAGCUCGAGCCUUUCUAUGUCCAGCACUUGAAAAAAUUAACCGCUAAACCAGUUUGGGCCAUAGGCCCUGUGCAUCCCCAAAAUUUAUUUAGCGGAUCUGGUAACGUUAAAACGCGAGGGAAAAUGAGGGACAACAGAGAACAAGAGUUGGUUUGCUGGCUCUAUAAAUCACAAUAA